AUGUUUAAAUUUAUCCUUGUUGUUGUGUUGGCUGUAAUUGCCAGUGCCGUUGCGGCUCCUGGUUAUGUGACUGGUGGUUUGGCACACAGCUAUUUGGGUGGUCAUGCCAUAGCUGCUGCUCCCGCCAUUUCGUAUGCUAAUACUUAUGGUGCUCCUACUAUUACUAAAAUUGCUGCUGCUCCAGCCAUCUCAUAUGCUGCUCCGUUGGCUAAAGUUGGUUAUGCUGCACCAGCCUUGGGUUUAGGCUAUGGUCAUAAUUUGGCUUAUGGUGGAUUAGGAUAUACCCAUGGCUUGGGACAUGUUUGGUAAAUUGGAUGA